GUUUUCCUGACAAGAUUUUCAGAGGUGGUUUGCCAUGGCCUGUCUCCUAGGGCUGAGAGAGAGAGGGACUCAGCAGACUUCUGUGCCUAAGGCAGGACUAAAACUCACAAACACCCAGUUUCUAACCCAUUGCCUUUAACCACUACACCAAGCUGUCUCAAUAAAUACAUUAAAGCUAUUACGUUCCUUGGAAUCUUUGUUGCAUUUGCUAUGACAACUUAAGUCAGUAAGGGGGAAUUGUGAUUCUCCAGGUGUUACUGAAUUACAGCACCCAGCACCCCUCCUUUUUGUUCAUGUUGGCUGGGACUGUUGAUUCUUAUCAUUCAGCAACAUCUAGACAGCCACAGGCUUCUCCUUGGACUGUUUAUCCCCCUUUUGAAAUAUCCUAUCGCGCCUCACUCCAGGUUUUGUUAAAUAUGGUCCAAAUUGGUAUUUACUAGUUCCUUUGGCUAUUGAUUUUACUCCUUAACUACCUCUACCCUCUUUACAUUUGUAGAUGACUGGUUCUCAAUCUGGCCAUGGAUCCAAGUGCUGCUAAAGGAGAAAAAGCCAUGCUCUCCGAGAGCACAAAGGCAAAGAUUGAGAGGAACCGUCAGCGGGCUUUGAUGCUCAGGCAAGCCAGACUGGCAACCCGGCCCUAUCCUUCUGCUGGCGAAGGCAGUUCAAAAGUUAAAGCACUUCCAAAGACGAUAGAUACAGGAGGGGGAUUUUUUCUGGAGGAGGAAGAGGAAGAAGAGAAAAAAGGACAUCAAACUGAGAAAAUUGUGCAUCCCCCUGGGCCAGUAUUAGAAUUUGAUUAUCUGAUGUGUGAAGAAUGUGGGAAGGAAUUCAUGGACUCCUAUCUCAUGAACCAUUUUGAUCUAGCAACAUGUGAUAACUGCAGAGAUGUUGAAAACAAACAUAAACUUUUAACAAGGACUGAAGCAAAGCAAGACUAUCUUCUGAAAGACUGUGAUUUAGACAAGAGAGAACCAGUGCUUAGAUUCAUCCUGAAGAAAAAUCCUCAUAAUCCGCACUGGGGUGAUAUGAAACUUUACUUAAAGCUACAGAUAAUUAAACGUUCCCUUGAAGUUUGGGGUAGUGAGGAAGCAUUAGAAGAAGCUAAAGAAAACCGCCAAAGUAACAGAGAGAAGAUGAAACAGAAAAAAUUUGAUAAAAAAGUUAAAGAAUUACGGCGAGCUGUAAGAAGUAGUUUCUGGAAAAAAGACACAAGUAUCCAUCAACAUGAGUAUGGAGCUGAAGAAAUAAUAGAUAAUGAUAUGUACAGAAAGGUCUGCAGCACAUGUGGUCAUGAAUUAAUCUAUGAAAAGAUGUAGCAUGAUCUUGGAUUUACAUUCAGCGCAUUUUUGUAUUAAAAUGUUUAAGCGAUUGAUAAAGCA